AUGACACUGACAUUCGGCCAUUGUGUUACCCAAAUCGAUGAAGAAGACGAAUUCAUUGUCAUCCACCAGACUGUUGCAGCUAAAGACGUCCUCUCCCCAGCAAAUAGACGUAUGGCCUCAAAUUGCAUUGCCGAACGCUUUUGGUAUUUACCUGGUUCCAAACUCUUCAUUUGUCAGGACGAAGUCUCAGACGGUCAUCCGGUGAACUUUGAUGAGGCUGCUAAGACCGUUGCAUCCCCUAAUAGGACUGAUCAAUUUACGACGGCUUAUUCAACAGCUGCCUUAGAAACGACUGUCACCGCUGCCUCUUCAUUAGGCACCACUGAGGCCCCAGUAGACCAGCCUGCAUUUACCACAGAAAAUGUUGCCUCUCACUCCGUAUCCACUGCUUCCUUUUCACCCGCCUUGUCCGGCCCCUGCUCCUCCAUAUCAUCCUCAGAGUCUGAUUCAGCGUCUGAAUCAUCUGCCGACGAGGCUGAGUAUGAUGCUAGCUCAAUUAUCCGAAUAAUGCACUCCGGGAGUGCUGCCUGCAAACGUGCUACCUCAGCGAUUAGCACCGCAUCGGUUUCGCAAUUGCGCCAAAGGCGAUCGCCGAAUGACGGUGAUGUGGCUGGUAACGCUGGACACUCAAAACGUCUAUCAAGUAUUGCAGAGAGCUUAAGCUCAUCUGAAGCCGAGGCUGAGUGGGAGGCGAUCAGUGAAAAUGACGAAACCAGUGACGCAGACGAGAAAUACGAGAGGGCUUGCCUUAAAUUGAAAUUAAAGGAAGCAAAAAAACUGAAAAAAGAGGAUGACAAUAGAAGGGUUGAAAAGGAUGAUAAAGUGAAAUACAAUGAACCUUCAGAGAAGAAGAACAAGCGGGCGGAAGAUUGUACAGACGACAAAAUCCUAGAAAGUAGACGAAUGCCUAGAGAAUAUCUUAUCGUUUCUAGUGACCGAGAAAACGUAUUGAAAGACAAACGGCAGGGUAUGGUGGACCUAUGCCUCAUGGAGCAAGCCGUCGUAGAAGCCAAGAACAGUAAGCAAGAAACCGCAAAAGCAAGUACGGGGCACGAUAAAGCAGAGAAUCUUAGUGUUCGGCAUUCGGAUUCGGAAGAGCAGAUGAAACUAGAAGCUCAAACCGAUCCGCUUCAAGUGGAAAACGAUAUGAGC